AAUGAAGAGCGAGCACGUGAUUGGCACGUGACAACAAAAACCAGUACAGUGGCUGGCUAGGUAGGUUGGUCGCAGCGUUAUUACGCGAGUGAAGGAAAGGAAUGAGAGAAGCAAGCAAGGUUUUGGUUUAGAGAGGGAGAGAGAGAUAGAAGCAUAUACGCAAAAUGGGUACAUCAGUUCAAGUAACACCACUCUGUGGAGUGUACAACGAAAAUCCUCUCUCUUACUUAGUUUCAAUUGACGGCUUCAAUUUCCUCAUCGACGUUGGUUGGAAUGACAAUUUUGACCCUUCCCUUCUUCAACCUCUCUCCAAGGUAGCAUCAAGUAUAGACGCUGUUUUACUUUCACAUCCUGAUACUCUUCACUUAGGUGCAUUACCCUAUGCAAUGAAGCAGCUGGGACUAUCUGCUCCUGUUUUUUCAACUGAACCUGUUUAUAGAUUGGGACUUCUCACCAUGUAUGAUCACUUCCUCUCAAGAAAACAAAUUUCGGAUUUUGACCUAUUCACUCUCGAUCAUAUUGAUUCUGCUUUCCAAUCUGUAACUAGGUUAACCUACUCUCAGAAUCAUCAUCUCUCAGGCAAGGGUGAGGGAAUUGUGAUUGCACCACAUAAUGCUGGACAUCUUUUGGGAGGUACUAUAUGGAAAAUUACAAAGGAUGGUGAGGAUGUCAUAUAUGCCGUUGAUUUCAAUCAUAGAAAAGAGAGGCAUUUGAAUGGAACUGUUCUUGGUUCUUUUGUUCGACCAGCUGUUCUAAUAACGGAUGCUUAUAAUGCUUUGAACAAUCAGCCUUACAGACGUCAAAAGGACAAAGAAUUUGGAGAUAUCUUAAAGAAGACUUUAAGGGCAGGCGGCAAUGUAUUACUACCUGUUGACACUGCUGGACGAGUGUUGGAACUUAUUCUCAUGUUGGAAUCGUAUUGGUCAGAUGAAAACUUGAACUAUCCUAUAUACUUUCUUACAUAUGUUGCAUCCAGCACUAUCGAUUAUGUGAAGAGUUUCCUUGAGUGGAUGAGUGAUUCCAUAGCAAAGUCUUUUGAACAAACUCGUGAAAAUAUAUUUCUUUUGAAGUAUGUCACACUUAUGGUUAACAAGACUGACUUUGACAAUGCUCCCGAUGGUCCAAAGGUUGUUCUAGCAUCCAUGGCAAGUUUGGAGGCAGGUUUUUCACACGAUAUAUUUGUUGAGUGGGGAAACGAUGUAAAAAAUCUUGUGCUUUUUACUGAAAGAGGCCAGUUUGGCACUCUAGCUCGUAUGCUUCAAGCUGAUCCACCUCCAAAAGCUGUCAAAGUCACUGUGUCCAAGCGGGUUCCUUUGGUUGGUGAAGAGCUAAUUGCCUAUGAGGAAGAGCAAAACCGAAUAAAGAAAGAAGAAGCUUUAAAAGCCAGUCUUUUGAAAGAGGAAGAACUGAAAGCAUCUCAUGGGGCUGAUAAUAAUACCAGCGAUCCAAUGGUCAUUGAUACCGGCAAUAAGCAACCAUCACCUGAAGCAACUGUUCAACGAAAUGGAGGAUACCGGGAUGUAUUUAUUGAUGGAUUUGUUCCCCCUUCAACAAGUGUUGCCCCAAUGUUUCCCUGUUAUGAAAAUACAUCAGAAUGGGAUGAUUUUGGUGAAGUCAUAAAUCCAGAUGAUUAUGUAAUUAAGGAUGAAGACAUGGACCAGAAUGCAAACCAUGUAGGUGGUGAUAUAAAUGGAAAACUAGAUGAAGGUCCUGCCAGUUUGAUACUUGAUACAAAGCCAUCAAAAGUAUUAUCUGAUGAAAGGACUGUCCAAGUCAGGUGUUCCUUGAUUUACAUGGAUUUCGAAGGUCGUUCAGAUGGGAGAUCAAUUAAGAACAUUCUCUCCCAUGUGGCUCCCCUGAAACUGGUUUUGGUGCACGGGUCGGCUGAAGCUACAGACCAUCUGAAGCAGCACUGUCUGAAGAAUGUCUGUCCUCACGUUUACGCUCCUCAAAUUGAAGAAACUAUUGAUGUUACCUCUGAUUUAUGUGCUUAUAAGGUUCAACUAUCUGAGAGGUUAAUGAGUAAUGUACUCUUCAAAAAGCUGGGAGAAUAUGAAAUAGCUUGGGUUGAUGCUGAAGUAGGGAAGGCAGAAAAUGACAUGCUUUCGCUUCUCCCUGUUUCCGGACCGCCUCGACCGCAUAAAUCUGUUCUUGUUGGUGAUUUGAAAUUGGCAGAUUUCAAGCAGUUCCUCUCCACCAAGGGUGUUCCGGUGGAAUUUGCUGGCGGGGCAUUGCGUUGUGGUGAAUAUGUAACUGUGCGGAAGGUUGGGGAUGCAGCUCAGAAGGGUGCUGGUUCUGGUACUCAGCAAAUUAUCAUUGAAGGUCCCCUGUGUGAAGAUUACUAUAAAAUUCGCGAUUAUCUCUAUUCGCAGUUUUAUUUGCUUUAGAUUUGGUUGUAUAAAGUGCAUAGGCUAAUCAUAAAACUUAUUACCUUCCCUACCCUAUUUUCUGAAGAAGUCAGAGUAUGCAAAGUGCUAUGUAGAUGCUUGCAAACAUGGUUAAUUUUUGGUAGUCAUUCUAACAAGAUUCGCAGGAGCUGUUGUCUGCUUUCAAAGUUUUCAAAGAUGAAAUCGCACUGCAAUAGUCUCAGUUUGUACCUCAAAUUUACAUCAACCAUCAUAGCAUCUGGGGGAUAUGAACUUUUCAAAUGUGUUUCCUCUUGUCCUGUGUAGGCUUCAUUAUGAGACUUUGAAAGGGUAUAUGUGUCCUUUCUUCUCAUCUAUAUAUGUGCUUUUUGCACAUUAACAUUGAAUUAGUUAGAUAGAUAUAAUGAAUCUGGGUGGGGAUUAAUCCUUGAUGAUUUGGUUGAUAUAAUUGAGCUGAACAAUCUUGAUAUUCUAUUAGUUAUGGUAUUCUUAGUUUUUACACAAACAUUAA